AUGGGUUUUGAGCGGGUGGAAUUCUCGGAGUUCGAAAUCGAGAGAACCGUGCAAAUUCCAGAGACUAAGAACUUUGAACAAUUUCAAACUGUUGACUGGAUAGAAGAGAGUCAAAGUCAAUCAAAACCGCCCUUCAAAGAUGUAGAAGAAGAGCUUUAUCUGGAAUCCAGUUGGCGGCGCUGGCGUCAGUGGCUUUGGAAUCGUCUGCGUGAAAUUAUCACACUAACAUGCAUUGCCUUACUGCUGGGGUUCAUUGCAGGUUCUAUACAGGUAGUGACAGAAACGUUGGUGAAUUGGAAGUCUGGACAUUGCAGCCGUAACUGGCUGCUCAACAAAUCAUUCUGCUGUGCUGGUGUAGUGGAAAGUCCUGACACCAAUCGACUCUUUGUUACUCGCGAUGAGCUUAGCUGCAUAAAAGACGGUAUUUGGAUAGAAAGAAAAAAUCCUUUUGCAGACUUCGUGCUGUUCAUCGUGCUGUCCCUAAUAUUUGCUUUGCUCAGUGGUCUAAUGGUGAGGUACAUUGCUCCUAUGGCUACCGGGUCCGGUAUCUCAGAGAUAAAAGUUUGGGUCUCAGGGUUCAAAUACAAAGAUGAGUUUCUGAAUCUGAAAACACUAGUGAUAAAAAGUGUAGCCCUUCCGUUGGCAAUUUCAUCGGGAUUGAGCGUCGGCAAAGAGGGUCCCUCAGUUCAUUAUGCCACCUGCUGCGGUUUUGUCAUCACCAACCUCUUGCUCAAACGCAAUCUGAGCUUCUCACAUCAAUCAGAAUACCUUAUAGCCUCUACGGCUGGCGGUGUUGCCGUUGCCUUUGGCGCACCAAUAGGAGGUGUGCUGUUUGCGCUUGAGGAAAUGUCAACAUCCUCUUAUUUCAACUUAUCUGUGCUGUGGAAGUCUUACUACGUUGCACUAGGCGCAGUGGCCACUUUGCAGUACAUGAACCCAUUUAGAAAUGGCAAAAUUGUGCUCUUUGAAGUAACGUACGAAAAUAAUUGGAGGGUACAGGAAAUACCUGUGUUCAUUAUUCUAGGAGCUUUUGGUGGACUAUAUGGCCUGCUGGUCAGUGACUGGAAUAUUCGUUAUGUGAAUUUUCGCAAAACUUACCUUCAGAAGUACAAAUUACAGGAAGUUGCGCUGUUAACAUUGAUCACCGCUCUGCUUUCUUAUUUUAACGAAUUUCUGAGGUUGGACAUGACCGAAAGCAUGGGGAUUCUCUUUCAUGAAUGUACCGUUGACGAUAACGGAUCUUUGUGGACCCAUAGAAUCUGUCAACUAGAUUCCAAUACUCAUGGAAGAGUGUUCAUUCAAAUUUUCUUCUCUCUGGGGAUUGCGACAGUACUGAGAUCGCUGUUAAUCAUCAUUUCGUAUGGCUGCUCUGUCCCUGCUGGUAUUUUUGUCCCUUCGAUGGCUGUAGGUGCAACUUUUGGCCGCGCUGUUAGCCUGAUUGUCGAACGGUGGAUCACCGGUCCUAGAGUUAUUACUCCCGGAACAUAUGCUUUUCUAGGUGCUGCCGCUACUCUAAGCGGCAUAACAAACCUGACAUUGACCGUUGUGGUCAUAAUGAUAGAACUCACGGGUGCGUUUUCGUAUAUUAUACCUUCCAUGGUUGUUGUAGCCGUCACACACCUUGUUUUGAAGUCGAUUGGCGCGAAGGGAGGUAUCGCAGAUCAGAUGAUUACAGUCAACGGAUUCCCCUUUCUCGAAAGCUUGGAAGACGAAGCCAGACAUCUUGAAGGUUACACAGUUCGUGACAUCAUGUCCGGUGUCAUUGCCUCUGUCCCCGACGAAAUAUCCCUAGCGCAUUUAUUACAGUUUUUGGAUACAAAUAACGCCUACAAACAGUAUCCCGUUGUGGAUAGCGCAUCUGGUCAGUUUUUGGGUUAUCUGAAGCGAUCUGUCUUAUGCGUUGAAGUGGCUGUGGCUGUGGGAAAUAAUAUCGAAGCUUCUUCGAAAGUCAUUUUCAGUAAGAGACGAGAGGUUUCAUCGUAUACGCAAGAGGAUUCGAUAGACUUCCAACACCUUCUUAAUCGCUCUCCGGUGUUGAUAUCCGAGCAGUCCUCUUUGAAACUGGCACAUUACUACUUCCGAACACUGGGAUGCAAAUUUGUCGUCGUCGAAGCAAAUGGCCAUCUAGAAGGACUUUUGACAAGAAAAGAUCUUCUACGUUUUGAGAGACUCAAGCACAAAGAAAUGCAUGGGCCACUUUACGCUUUCGAUACCAGAAUGGAAAACAAGCUGUCAACUUUUAUACGGAGUCUAUUCAAGUUGUCAGAAACUUAA